AUGUCCAUUCCUGGCUUCAUGAACGGCUUUGACGCCGAUAAUGUCUCAAAGCUAGUGGAAGUCGAAAUUCCUGCCCGCGCAGAAUGGCGUUUCGAGGUGCCUUUCAAGACAAUAAUGAAGUUAAAGGUUCUUGAAGGUGUAGGCGAGAUUUUCGGUACAGAGCUCCCCAAUGAGGUAGAUAUUCGUCUCACAGGAUGUAAGUAUGCAAUUUAUGCUCCCUUGCCUUCAGGCUGCCGCUUGCAGUACGAAACGGCGCCAAACAAGGUCAACGUCAACAUCUCCAAUGAAGACAGUAACGUCAGUGAAUACAUUAGUGACGAGUCCAUGAUGCCGCAGUAUACCAAUAUGCACUUUGCCUUGGAGGUUUUGCGUGAGGAGGCUGUAUCGAAUGCUCAGAAAAAGGGCCCCAAAGUGUUGGUGGUUGGCAACUCUGAAUCUGGAAAAUCCGCUUUGGUCAAGGUUCUUGCGUCUUAUGCACUGAAAAUGGAUCGUGUUCCGCUAGUGGUCAACUUGGACCCCAAAGAAGGUGUUUUUUCUGUUCCUGGAUCUCUCACAGCUACGCCCAUUAGUGAUAUCUUGGAUAUUGAAAGUAUAGGCGGAUGGGGUGGAUCUACCACUCUGGGAGCCACAUUUCACAACCCAAAACAGCCUCUCGUCAAGAGCUACGGUUUCUACAGCAUCGGAGAGAACGUCGAGUUAUACAAGCACCAGGUGUCGCAGCUAGGUGUGGCAGCACUUACUAGAAUGGCAGAUGAUAAUGCGGUGAGAACCGGUGGAUUCAUUAUUGACACUCCUCCAUUGGGAAUGAAGGACUACAACGUAAUCGAAAGUAUCGUUUCAGACUUUGAGGUGGAUAUUGUGAUUGUCAUGGGCAAUGACAGACUCACCAUGGAUCUCAAGAGAAAGUUCAGCCACAAGAUCUCCAAGGGCCUGAUCAAUAUUAUUAAGGUAACCAAGAGUGGCGGUGUUACAGAGUUGGAGGAUUCUUUCAUUAGAAAGCAGCAAGAGGAUGCCAUCACUGAAUACUUCAACGGAAACUACAAGACGACGUUGUCGCCUUACAAAAUGGAUUUAGACGUCAAAUCAGUGGUUAUAUAUAAACCGGUCAAGCUUCUGGAGUACACAUCCCAGCUCGCUUUCUUGCCUUCUGGAGAUUCAUACACUGCUGAGGAUGGCACCGAGCAUGAAGAAAAGAAGGACGAAAACUCCAUGGAUAAGUUUUUUCUGUUACUUGAAGAGCCUAAUAGUUCCAACCUUGAAAACUCCAUCAUUGCCAUCACUCAAAUUCCUGCUUCUGGAAAGAUUCUGCCUCGAGAUCUCCUCAACUCUAGUGUUUUAGGCUAUGCGCAUGUUUCCAAGGUUGACGAUGCUAAGCAGAAGAUGACGUUGUUGGUUCCAUUUCCAGGUCAGCUUCCUCGCAAUGUCCUCAUAGCUACCAACAUCGGAUACACCGAGUAA